CACGUGGAGGAGGGGGGCCCGGCGCAGGAGGCGGGGCUGUGCGCAGGGGAUCUCAUCACCCACGUCAACGGGGAGCCCGUGCACGGCCUGGUGCACACCGAGGUGGUGGAGCUCAUCCUGAAGAGCGGUACCAAGGUGUUGGUGAGCACCACUCCCCUGGAGAACACCUCCAUCCGCCUCGGACCCGCUCGGCGCCGCAGCGCCCGGACCAAAAUGGCUCGCAGGAACCGCCGGGGCGGCGCCGGAAGCGGCCACGAGAGGCGGCGCAGUGCGCUCUUCCGCCACCUGGCGCGGCAGGCUUCCCUGCUGCACACGAGCCGCUCGCUGACGUCUCUCAGCCGCUCGCUCUCCUCCUCCGACAGCCUCCCCGCCUCCCCCACGCACGCGCGGGCGCGGGAUCCCGCCCACCCGCCUCGCGCCGCCGAGACAGGGACGUCCCCGCCCAGCAGCUCCCCGGGCUCCAGCGCUCCCCCGUCGCCGGCUCCGGGUCCGCAUCUCCGCCCCAGCUCUCUGCAGGGCCUCUCCCCGAAGCUGCAGCGGCAGUACCGGGCAGCGCGCUGCAAGUCGGCGGGCAGCAUCCCGCUCUCGCCGCUCGCCCACACCCCUUCGCCUCCCGCCGCCUCGCCGCCUGCUUUCCCCGCCAAGCUGCACGCAAAGCCCGCGGAUUCCCCGCGCCUCACCCGCCGGCCCGGCCCUGACAAGUCUGCUGCCCGCAAGUUGGGCCUCGAGCCCCGCAAGGACUUCCCGCCCGAACCCUCGCUGCACAGCUUGGCUGAGUGGGACGGGGAGAGCCCCGGUGAGGCGGCCCCGCCGGUCCCUGCCCGUCGCCUGGGCCGCCAGGAGCCUCCGCUGCUGUUGGGGAAC